CUCUAACUGAAGGAGCAGAACAGGACAGCCACGGAGUAGCUACAAAGGGGAUGGGGCUACCACCAAAAUCUAUCCAUUUUCUAAACUCUAGGAGGUUCCGGACUGGUUUCUGCACAAGCACAAACCCCAUGUGUGUGAAUGCAUAGAAGUCCACUCGAAGAAACACCGUUGCAGGGCUCUGUGGCUACAAACCAACAUGGUUGGUAGCCAUGCAGGCAUGAGACUCUAGUGACCCCACCCCCAACUUGGAGGGACUGAGUACUUACAAAAGGGAAUGUUACGGUGGACAGUGCACUUAGAAGGUGGGCCCCGGAGAGUGAACCACGCUGCUGUAGCUGUCGGACACAAAGUUUACUCUUUUGGUGGCUACUGCUCAGGGGAAGACUAUGAGACUAUGCGACAGAUUGACGUUCAUGUAUUUAAUGCAGUCUCCCUGCGCUGGACCAAGCUGCCACCAGUGUGGACAAACAGUAGGGACCAUGUGAGGGAAGUUCCCUACAUGCGAUAUGGACACUCUGCAGUUGUCAUUGAUGACACCAUCUACAUCUGGGGAGGUCGCAAUGACACCGAAGGAGCCUGCAAUGUAUUAUACGCCUUUGACGUCAGCACGCACAAAUGGUUCACACCAAAAGUUUCUGGAAUGGUUCCAGGAGCAAGAGAUGGACAUUCGGCUUGUGUCUUGGGAAAGAGCAUGUAUAUCUUUGGAGGCUAUGAGCAACUGGCCGAUUGUUUUUCGAAUGACAUCCACAAGCUGGAUACCAGCAACAUGACAUGGACUCUGAUCUGUACGAAGGGCACGCCAGCUCGUUGGAGAGACUUUCACUCUGCAACAAUAAUUGGAACAAAGAUGUAUGUGUUUGGGGGAAGAGCAGACCGCUUUGGGCCAUUCCACUCCAACAAUGAGAUCUACUGUAACCGAAUCAAAGUGUUUGACACCGACACUAACUCUUGGCUGGAUUCCCCUCCCACACCACUCCUCCCUCAAGGCAGGAGGAGCCACUCAGCAUUUGGCUACAAUGGGGAGUUGUAUAUAUUUGGUGGCUACAAUGCCCGCCUGAACAGACACUUCCAUGAUCUUUGGAAAUUCGAUCCAGUUUCUUUUACCUGGAAGAAGAUUGAUCCCAAAGGGAAAGGGCCAUGUCCUCGCCGCAGACAGUGCUGUUGCAGCGUAGGGGACAAGAUAAUCCUCUUUGGAGGCACCAGCCCGUCCCCAGAGGAAGGCAUGGGAGAUGAAUUUGACCUGAUGGACCACUCAGACCUGUACAUCUUGGACUUCAGUCCCAGCUUAAAAACACUGUGUAAACUGGCAGUGAUCCAGUACAAUCUGGACCAGUCAUUCCUCCCUCAUGACAUCAGAUGGGAGCUUGCCGCAAUGACAACCAAUAGCAACAUCAGCCGGCCAAUCUUCUCCUCCCAUGGAUAGUCUGGUCUCCUGCACCACCACCCCAGCUGCCCCCCCCGCCUUGAAGAUGUCAUUUACCAUCUCCUUCAUUGUGCAUGAAUGUUUAGCCUAUUCUGGGAAGGGGCGUCGCUUCACCACAAGGGGUCUCCUUGCUGCCCGCUCUAGGAGGUCUUGACUUGCCACACCUGUCCCAGCGAUGACUUUGCCAGGACCUUGGCCUAAAGGCAGCAUGCAGGCAGAAUGGGAUGGCACACUCCACGGAGAAGGGGGGCGGCCCUGUGUUCUUUGCUCUCACUGCUGGAAGAUACAGUUUACAUCCACCCACUUCUGUCAUACAGUUUGAAUUAAUAGUAUCAAGAGAAAUCAGCAAACAAACAAAAAUCUCAGGACUAACUGGUAUGAGACCAGCAUAUGCUUCAUAUACUAUAGGAUUAAAGACAGACAAACCAAGGACUCUUCAAGGUUCAUCUUCUCCACAAUCCCCAGCUGUUUUGAGUGCCUGGCCCUCCCUGUUAACUCAAGGACUGAACUGCUUGUCCUCUCGUAAGCCAUUUUCUCUGCUCAGCUGCGGGCCCAGAGAAGCAUGCCUGCCCUUACACGUGUUAGAGCUUGGCUGGGUUUGCCCUCCCCCAGUGGGUGUCCAGAGGAACUCCACGCAAUACCCCAGCACUCGUUGCCUUGACAGUAGUGCAGACUGCUGUGAGGCCUGAGUCUUAACUGGGAAAGGAGGGGGACGGUGACGAAAUGGCUGCCCGACAUCUUAUCAGGCAGAGUAGAACAGACUUGUCGAUGCCUGUUGCAGGAGGGGUUGACGCAGGAUCUGACGUGCUGCUGCCCAGUUUGCUGUGUACAAGUGGCAGCUCUGAAUUUAUAAAUGCUGGGGGGCAAGCCAAGCUGCUUGUAGUCUUUUGUGUGUCAGUGCUUUCCGUGGCUGGAGGGGCAAUGUGGGGGGAGGAGGCUACAGACGGAUUGAAAUUGGAGAACUAGUCUAGCGUCGUGGUUGAGGAUGCAAGUUGGGAAAUCCCCAGUUCAAGUCUUGUCUUGGCCAUGGACUCACUAGGUCACUCACACACACACACACACACACACACACACACACACACACACACACACACCAAGUAAUACUUUCCUGUCUUGCAGGAGUUUGUAAAGGUUACAAGUUAAAACAAGUGACAUACUUGGAAGACUCUAAAUUGCCAUAUCAAUGCAGAAUAUUUAUUAUUUAUUUUAAAUCUGGCUUCAUAUUUACUCUUGCCAAACAAGGCUUUCAGCUAGCUAGGAUAACUAAGAGCCUUAAUCUCGCCUACCUCAGGUUUCCAUCAAGCAAUGUAAUGCAGUAUUAAAAGGAGAAGAUUUGGGGAGCAGAGAGAGAUAAGAAGCUUGAUAAUGUUGCUUUCUGGUUACUUUCUCUUUCAAAUGCAUUGCCCUUUUGUUGUCACCUCCAUCCAUUAAGCGCUAGAUGCUAUUUUUUUUUUAAGAUUGGCAGUUUACCAUCCCAAGGUUUUAACAGGAACCUAUGGACUGCAGAAAGCAACCAAUAGGUAGGAAAUGCCUACUGUAACUUUUACUCUUUUGGGUUAAUUUCAUAAUGAUUUACAAAAUCAGCCCAACACCGAGUUUCAUGCACUUAUCUGUGGUGCCCGAGAACAAUUGGCAUGUCCUGGAACUCCAGAAAAACCAGGUGUAAUUGGCAAUGUGAUAAAGCUGUGGGUGAGUGUUCAGAUGUGCACAGGUGUGCUGAGAAGUGGAAAUGUGUAUGUAUUACAAAUGCAUGAGGAGCAGUGCAGCAGGGGACCAGGCAAAUUAAACCAAACUAAGUAGUUCUUAGUAGAACUAA